GAGUUUCCCAGUGUACUACCUACGUAACAAACGGAGUCAUUAUUAUUAGUACGUACAUACGUCCCAUUGUCUUGUCAUAGAUAUCAUCGUCACAGGCGUUGUGGAAUAAUUACUCAUCUAUCGUUACUUUGUUAAUCAGUUUGCCGUAAAACAGUCUACGAAGUGAGCGUCGUCGUGUGUUGCUCUGAAGUGUUCUAGUUUCGAAAAGGAGUUCUUGAACCAAAAAUCCAAAAUGAAUCCGUACCAGCAAGGUCAAUCAGGAUAUCCAAGACAACAAUACCUACACAAUGUUGGAUUUAGCAACUCGGCCCCACAAACAUUUGGAAAUCCUAUGCCUAUGCCUGGCUUCCCUACAAUGGGUUAUCCAACAGCUCAACCAGGUUACCCUAAUACUUCAGGUUACCCACAGCCAGGUUACCCUCAGGCCAAUACACCAACAGGUUACCCUCAGCCAAGCUCAGGGUACCCUCAACCUGGCUCAGGGUACCCUCAAUCUAGCUCAGGAUACCCCCAACCUAGCCCAGGGUAUCCACCAACAGGGUAUCCUCAGCCCACUAGUGCUCAAGGGUAUCCACAAUCAAAUCCUGCUCAAAGUUAUUCUCAACCUGCUCAAACAGGGUACCCUCAGUCAGGGUACCCACAGCAAAGUCAAGGGUACUCGCAGUCUAACCAAGGGUACCCACAGUCUAGCCAAGGGUAUCCGUCUGCUAACCAGUACCAGGGGUACCGUCCAAAUAGCCAACAAACCCAAAGCCAGGCAUACAAUGUAUCUUCGGGACAUAUUCCCGCAAUUAAGUCCAAGCCUACGGUUGUGCCGGCGAAUCCCUUCGACCCUCGUGAGGAUGCGGCCGUGCUACGCAAGGCGAUGAAAGGAUUUGGGACUGAUGAGAAAGCCAUCAUCCAGGUCCUGACGAGGAGAAGCAAUGAGCAGCGUCUGCGUAUUGCUUUCGAAUUCAAGACUCUUUAUGGAAAGGACCUGAUAUCAGACCUAAAAAGCGAGACUACCGGCAAAUUCGAAGACCUGGUGGUGGCGUUGAUGACUCCAUUGCCACAGUUUUACGCAAAGGAACUUCACGACGCCACGGCGGGCAUAGGCACAGACGAAGAUGUCCUUAUUGAAGUCAUGUGCACUCUUUCCAACCACGAGAUCCACGUCAUCAAACAGGCUUACACUGCCAUGUACGGAACGUUGCUGGAGGAUGACCUGCGUGGUGACACAUCUGGAAACUUCAAGAGGCUCAUGACGUCAUUGUGCAUGGGUAACAGAUCUGAAGAUUUCCACGUGAACCAAGAGAAAGCGAGGGAAGACGCCAGGAGUCUUCUCCAAGCUGGUGAGCUGCGCCUUGGCACAGACGAAUCGACGUUCAACGCAGUACUAUGCUCACGUUCGUUCACGCAGCUUGCGGCCGUCUUCCAGGAAUACCAAUUCCUUACUGGACACGAUAUUGAUGACGCCAUCAAGGCAGAGUUCUCCGGGGAUAUGGAGAAGGCUUUCAGAGCUAUCGUGAAAGUGGUCCGCAAUAAGCCACUGUACUUCGCGGAGCGCCUCCACAAAUCGAUGAAGGGACUCGGUACCAACGAUCGGCAGCUCAUCCGCAUUAUGGUGACGCGCUGCGAGGUCGACCUUGGGGACAUCAGUGACAUGUUCCAGUCGAAAUACGGCGAAACGCUACAGAGCUGGAUUGAGGGCGACUGCUCCGGCCACUACAAGAAGUGUUUACUGGGCCUACUGGGUCUAUAUUAAUACGACUAAUACACGGGUCAAAUCCACAUAAGGUUAAGUCUCAUUUGUAACGUUUAAAGUGCUAUUAUCUUCUAAAUAUUAAGGUCGGUUUCAAGUGUCUUCUUUUCAAUUACUUCAAUUCUACUGUUUGUUAAGUCUAUGGUUCGAUUAUAAUCUGUCUUUUUUGAAGACGUAGAAAAAUGACAUUUGUAGUGUUGCCAGGUUUAUAAAAUUUUAAAUAAUUAUGUGGUUGUUGUCGAUAGUUUUGUCGAUAGAUUGUGAAAGAAGAUAAAAUUUUGCCAAAAAUGACUGAAUUGUGAAUGUUACGACGCUCUAAUGAUUACUAAUUGCAUUAUUGCCCUCUUUAUACCAAUUUUGACAGUUGACCCACUAGUAUCGAGAUAAAUUUUUAUUCACAUACAUUUUAACAAAAACAGGCGGAUAUGAUUAUCUAUAUUGAAUUAAAAUUAAAAACUUUAAAAUACGUCUCCACUUUAUAUUUUUCAUAAACAUAAUUCUAAAUACAGUGUACGUAUCUAUGUGUGAACUUACGAAAAUUGACAAUUCAAAUGAAUUUGGGCUCAGUAAUUGGGUGAAUAAUGAGGACGAUUCAAAUGAAACAAGUUCGGC